GGAUCACAGAUAGUGCAGGCAUUGGUGGUAAUCUGCUUCUACUUUCUGUAUGGAGCUGGGAGCGUCUGCCUGUUGGACGCCCGAAGAGCGUCAGGUUUGAUCCUUGGUAUGCAGAUGAACAUGACGAAUUACAGCGCCCCACGUGGGAUUACAAGUGGGAUAUCGUUUCCGAGAUGACGAACUAUGUCAAUCUCAUGUACCAAAAGUACAUUGCCGAGUUGGACACGAUUACGCCUGAGCAGGUGGUAUGGCAGCCAUAUGGCACGGGUGAGAGCUUGGGGUACACCGAGGAGUUCCGCCUCAACCCGAUGUGCUUGUGGGAUAAGGAUCUCUAGCUUAUGCGGUGCCCACUGAUAUGCAACUGGGCGGUUGAGUUUUAUUUGCCGCAUCGCGUGUAUUGUCAGUUUGGUCUUUUCCAGCCUCACCCGCCGGAUUGGGUGGACACGGACAAAGCACUUUAUAGGUUGGACAGGAGAAGGCAACGGAAGAUAAAGGACUGGGACAAGCAUCAUGCUCUGUAUGUUACCCACUUCCAGCUUUCCGUGGAGCAAGCUCGUAGCACUACAAGCGCCCCGCUUCGUGAGCACAACCCACUUGCUUUUGAUAACUACGUACGGUGGUUUAUUGUAACUACUCGAGUUGAGAUAUGCCCGCCGGCAUAUAAUGAGGAUAUUCUUGAAGAACCCGUAAACUUUGAGGAUCUAGCAAAGGGGAAGUACAACAGAGAUGUCAGGCGAGGGCAAGGAGUCCCUGCUGUUCCGGUGAUUAACUAUGUGUGCACCGAGAUCAAGAAAGCAGCUGAUGAGAGCCAGUCUAUUCUGGAGAAGACACCGGUUGGAAACGGCAACGAUUAUGGUUGGUCAUAGGCGUGAGUUGGAAGUGCACGAUCAUAAGCAUA